GCUGCUACGUCAUUAGCUCAGGAGCUCGCUCGAGCUGUCAGUGAGUCUCUGAGGAGACACUAAAUCAAGGUUUCAGAUUCCAGAGGGUGCUAUGGCGACCUUCCAGGAGUUCAUCCAGCAGAACGAGGACCGCGAUGGCGUCCGUUUCAGUUGGAACGUUUGGCCGUCCAGUCGUCUGGAAGCCACGCGUAUGGUGGUUCCUGUGGCCUCCCUGUUCACCCCGCUGAAGGAGCGGCCUGAUCUCCCCCCGAUUCAGUACGAGCCGGUGCUGUGCAGCCGGGCCACGUGUCGAGCUGUGCUCAAUCCUCUGUGUCAAGUGGAUUACAGAGCAAAACUCUGGGCUUGCAACUUCUGUUAUCAGAGAAAUCAGUUCCCACCAACUUACGCUGGAAUAUCUGCGGUCAACCAGCCUGCUGAGCUUCUUCCACAGUUCUCCACUAUUGAAUAUGUUGUCCAGCGUGGUCCACAGAUGCCCCUGAACUUCCUGUAUGUGGUGGACACAUGCAUGGAAGAUGAUGAUCUGCAGGCGCUGAAGGAGUCGCUUCAGAUGUCCCUAAGCCUGCUGCCUCCCACUGCUCUGGUGGGCCUCAUUACGUUUGGACGCAUGGUCCAGGUUCACGAGCUGGGCUGUGAAGGCAUCUCUAAGAGCUAUGUCUUCAGGGGCACCAAAGACCUCAGUGCUAAACAGCUUCAGGAGAUGCUUGGGUUAACUAAACCCGCUGCAGCACAAGCAGGCCGAGGGCCACAACAGCCUCCGGUUCCUCCUUCAAACAGGUUUCUGCAGCCAGUACAGAAGAUAGAUAUGAAUCUGACAGAUUUGCUGGGAGAGCUGCAGAGAGACCCCUGGCCUGUGACUCAAGGAAAACGACCACUGAGAUCACUCGGAGUGGCUGUUUCCAUUGCCGUUGGUCUGUUAGAGUGCACUUUCCCUAACACUGGCGCUCGCAUCAUGGCAUUCAUCGGUGGGCCCGCCACUCAGGGUCCGGGUAUGGUGGUAGGAGAUGAACUGAAAACACCUAUUAGAUCCUGGCACGACAUCGAGAAAGACAAUGCCAAGUUCAUGAAGAAAGCCACUAAACACUAUGAAGCCUUGGCCAACCGUGCUGCUGCCAAUGGACACAUCAUUGAUAUUUAUGCAUGCGCUCUGGAUCAGACAGGAUUACUGGAAAUGAAGUGCUGCACUAACUAUACAGGGGGUUACAUGGUCAUGGCGGACUCUUUCAACACAUCCCUAUUCAAGCAAACCUUCCAGAGAGUUUUCACUAAGGACGCGCAGGGCUCCUUUAAGAUGGCAUUAGCAGGGACUCUUGAGAUUAAGACUUCAAGAGAGAUAAAGAUUUCUGGAGCAAUCGGCCCGUGUGUCUCCCUGAACGCCAAAGGUCCCUGUGUGUCAGAAAAUGAAAUAGGAACUGGCGGAACAAGUCAGUGGAAAAUUUGUGGACUGGAUCCAAACACCACUCUUGCAUUCUUCUUCGAGGUUGUGAGUCAGCACAACGCUCCUAUCCCACAGGGUGGACGUGGAGCCAUACAGUACGUAACACAGUACCAGCAUUCUAGCGGGCAGAGGCGCAUCAGAGUGACCACAGUUGCAAGGAACUGGGCUGAUGCGCAGACUCAGAUCCAGAGCAUCGCUGCAUCUUUUGACCAGGAGGCCGCUGCCAUCCUCAUGGCCCGCCUGGCCAUCUAUAGGGCCGAGACGGAAGAGGGCCCGGAUGUUCUGCGCUGGCUGGACCGACAGCUCAUCCGCUUGUGCCAGAAAUUUGGAGAUUAUCAUAAAGAUGAUCCCAAUUCAUUCCGUUUCUCUGAGACGUUCUCAUUGUAUCCUCAGUUUAUGUUCCAUCUGAGGAGGUCUUCAUUCCUGCAAGUGUUCAACAACAGUCCUGAUGAAAGCACCUAUUACAGACACCAGUUCAUGAGACAGGACCUGACCCAGUCUCUGAUAAUGGUACAGCCCAUCCUGUAUGCAUACUCGUUCAGCGGGCCGCCAGAGCCUGUGUUGCUGGACAGCAGCAGUAUCUUGCCUGACCGCAUCCUCCUCAUGGACACCUUCUUCCAGAUUGUGAUUUACCACGGAGAGACGGUGUCUCAGUGGCGUAAAGCCGGGUACCAGGACAUGCCUGAGUAUGAGAACUUCCGCCACCUGCUUCAGGCUCCUGUGGAUGACGCCCAAGAGCUUCUGCACACUCGAUUCCCCAUGCCACGCUACAUCGACACAGAGCACGGUGGCAGUCAGGCUCGUUUCCUCCUCUCCAAAGUGAAUCCUUCUCAAACUCACAACAACAUGUAUGCAUGGGGUCAGGAGUCUGGCGCACCCAUUCUGACAGACGAUGUGAGUCUUCAGGUGUUUAUGGAUCAUCUGAAAAAGCUGGCAGUGUCCAGCGCUGCCUAAGAGCCUCUGCUCGUCAAUCUUUUUCUCAGUAACACACAGCCAGCAGGGUCACAUUGGCACUGCCCUCAGUUUUCCCCAUUUAUAUCAUGCAUAUAUUGAGCCUAGAUCUUUGAAAAGAGAGAUUGAGUCAAGCGUGAAGGGAAGUGUCAUUCUUGAAUGAUUAAUUAUGACAAAAACUGGUAAACGCUACAUGUUGAGUAUACAUCAAGACAAGACAUUUGUAACUGUUUUAAUCAGAAUGAAUCUAAUUUAGCUAUGUGAGUUAAAGAAAUAGUUUACACGAAAAUGACAAUUCAGUUAUUAUGUACUCGCCCUCAUGCUAUUUCAAACCCAUAUGCUGAUUUUGUUUUUGGUACCUGAACACAAACGGAAUUUUUUGAAGAAUUAUCUAGACCAAAAUAGUCCAUAUGCUUUAUUUCCAAGUCUUCUGAAGCCAUAUAAGCUUUCAGUCAUUUCAGUUUUUUAGUCAUUAUUCACUGCCUAGCCCACAUUUGUCUCCAGGAUUAAAAAAAUAGCUAUAUGCUAUACAAAUGGCUUUUAUGUACCAUUUUUGAUUUAGUACUUUUGCUCUCCUAUAAUCAAAUAAGACUAUUAAAGGUCAUUAAUAUCCAUUAUUCAAAAGUAAAGGUCAUUAAUAUUCACUGACCUAUGUAAUCUUAGUUAAAUUAAGCAAUAAGCCAAUGCUGUUUGUUGUUGAUAGCUUCUGCGCACCAUUUUUGAAUGCUCUAGACAUGAAAUCUUAAAUGUCCUUGUACAAAGCUAUUGUAUGGCUUCAGAAAACCUGGAAUGUAGUGCAAAAGUCAUAUCGAUUUACUUUUAUUGUGCUUUUUUCCUAUGGCAAAAUCCACAACAAUUCUUCAAAAGCUAUUUGCCAGAAUAUGGGUUUGGAACAACAUGAGGGCAAGUAAAUAAUGACUGAACAUUCGUUCUUUGGCUGAACUAUUGCUUUGAAUCUGAUGUUUACGUGUACGAAGCUCUGUGACGAGACUUAUGUUGAACGGAGGGAGGAAACUCUCUGGUUUUAGCACACCUGCAGCAGAUACUUUUGUUUGCCUAGUCGAGGAAGGUGAAAGCAGUGCCAAUGCAGCCAAUUAAGCAUGAGAGCUCGAACGCCGCCUCUAGCCAACAGCGCAGAACAAUGGCUUAUUUUUAGACCCUGUGCGCGUCUCUCCGUUGAUGGUUUGUGUUUCGGUGCAGGGUUGAAUGCCCCGUUCCAAACACAGACUUGCGGAAUUUGUAAGCUGCCUUUCUGUCUGUAGCUCUGAUAUUUAUGAGCCAUUUCUAGCAGUAUUGUAUGGUUUGUUUCUAAUAAAACCGGCUUCGUGAUCCCAGCUGGCCUGCAGUGUUCAGAUUUUGGAAACUGAAAACCUUCUUUCUGUCACUCUUGCCUUUCAAGUCAGCAUCCUGUGAGUCUCAAAGGACACGGAAACUGACUGUGUGUUGUUAAAAGAAGAGUUGAAAACACUGUCAUCAUUUUCUCACCCUCAUGUCAUUCCAAACUGCAUGACUUGCUUGCUUCUGUGAGACACAGAGGUUUUGUAUCAUCUCUGAGCUGUUCUUUUCCAUACAGGCUUCGAUCGACACGAGUGUCGAAAUAUUCCUUUAACAGAGCGCAACUAUUGCAUGUUCCACAAGUGAGAGUUUGGGCUUUUGUGUAAAAUAAUUCAUUGCAUUACAGAGUCAUGAAAUACGAUAGCACGGUCCAACACAAAGAUUCAGGGAUUUCCUUCAAGACUAAUUACUUAGUUUACACCAUUUCUGUGGUUGUUUUCACUGAUGGCCACACGGGAGCAGCAAUUAACUAAGAGAGCACCGGUUCAACUGUGAUUAUUGGACAAGUCAAACGUUCCUUGAAAUUCUGUAUGUAAAUGAUUAAACUCUCACAGCAGUCGAUCUAGAUAUUUCCCAUCCAAGUUUAAUGGAAAGACAAUUACAGAUUCAUGCCUUAAGUGUUCAUUAUUUCAGAACAUACCAUGUUAUUCCCAGUUAAAGUUCUCAUCCGUCUCCCUAUCCAUACUUGUAUGGAUCAUCCUGUCAAAUAGGCAUGCCAGGGUUUUCAUGCUUAUUAAACACUUCAUUAGGCCGGUAUGAAAAGGAUAUUACUUACACCCCCUGAGCACAAUGUAAUGUAUGAUCUAUAUUCUGAUUCUAUAAUGCAUGCUGAAACGCUUUUCAUACUGAUUUCAGCUCAAUGGCUGUGAAAGCCUGUAACUAUACCUGUAAAUUCCAUUGAUUUUAUCCUUACGCAUUUGUUUUCUUCAUAUAUCCCAUCUAUUACUUUCUUAAAUUUGCCUCCCAGUCUCACUAUUUCAAAAUGUAAUAAAAAAUACCA